CGCUGGCUUGAUUCUCAAAGAUGAGGGAUAAAAGCAGCUUGUUCUCCCCUCCUCGCAGCAGCCCAACCAGACACACCACUCACCAGCUUUCUCCCCAUCAUUUGAGUUCAUCUCCAGCAACACCUCCGUUUGGCACGUAGCACAUCAAAACCACCCGUUACACCCAAAGACACUGACACGAAGACCGUCAACAUGAAGCAGUUCGCUUUUGUAUUCACCAUCGCCCUCUUUGGCACAGCCAUUGCUGCUCCUGCCUCCCCCAGAGCGGCAACACCCAGCCAUUUGAAAUCCGAACGCCAGGUGACCACCCAGGCCGUCGAUCCAUGCAUUGCUCUGUGCCUCAUUGAUCCCGUGGGCUGUGUGUUCAGUGGGGAGUGCGAAGUUCUCAACAUCGACCCCAACUCCUCCGUCGUGACCACAUCCGUGGGGGGUGUCAACAUCAAGCGCCAGGAGCAGGACGACGACUGUGAAUUAACCGACUUUUUGUGUCCUUUGUUGGGCAGAAAGGCUAGAAGGUCAGCCCCGGUCCGACGCCAGGCUGAGUGUAAUGCCAUCAAGGACACAAUCCUGCGCGGUGCCUGUAUCGCUUCACUGACCUUGGUGGAGGCUUGAGCUUGGCACUGCGAUCCCCAACGCGGUUUUUACGCGAUUGGGUAUAGGAGGACUUCAGAGAAUGGUGCGUCUAAUAUCCCGUCACUGCUAUGCGAAUAUCGGGCAGUGAAGGUUGGUUGAGUGAAGGUGAUAAUUCAAAACGGUGGUCGUUGGGUCUUGGAUGGAAUUAAUUACAGGGUUAGGGAGGAAAAUAAAGGAUAAGACUCAGAGUUGUACUUGUAUUUUUUUUUUUUUUUCACUUGACAUGGGACUUUGACGUCUCUUUUCUUUUGUUGGAACAUAUCGAAGCAGAUAUCUCAACCAUCUUGAGCUCAUCCCUUUGUAAACAUGUCCCAAGACUUAGUACACCCC